UCCAUAAACAAGCCCCACUUUUCGAUUCGUUCUUCUUUACAUUCCAUGCAUGUCAGAAAAACACCAUCGCCACCUCCGGUUAUAUCAAUCCUAGCCCUCUGCAAUCCCCUCUCUCACUGCUCUCCAUCAAUGGCGAAACCCUCAAAACCCUAGAUACCUACAAAACCCUAUUUUUCUAAGUGCCCAAACCAACGAUGGUUUCUCUCUCUAGUCGAGGUGAUUGCGGGAACUCCGGGGAGAACAUGUCACAAUUCGAAUCAAAGAUGGAUUCUCUCUCUAGUCGGGCUUCAGAAACCAAUGGUGAUUGCGGGAACUGCGGGGAGAAAAUGUCACAAUUCGAUGACCCAGAUCGCUUGAAACCAGGCGAUAAUCCUGAGUCCCUCUCAUCUUCUCCUUGUUCAGAAUGGGCUAGGCUUGAGAGAUGUGCUUAUGCUUGUGCAAAGGGUUUCGUGAUUGGUGCUGGAUUAAAAGGAGGCCUUGCAGCCUUUGGUAUUCUAGCUCGGCUUAGAAGCAGACAAAGGAAGGCGAGGGUUGCUUCGAAUCCAGAGGCAAUUGUUGAGGCCAUCAAAGAGACGCUUAGAUAUGGACUUUUUCUGGGGACUUUUGCUGGGACAUUUGUUUCAGUUGACGAGUUCGUUGCAGCUUUUGGAGGACAUCAUAGAACUGCAAAAUGGCGAGCUUUAUUAGCCGGGGGAGUUGCUGGGCCAGCAAUGCUUCUGACUGGACCUCGCACUCAGCAUACAAGCUUGGCUCUUUACAUUUUUAUGCGUGCUGCUGUCUUAGCAUCACGUUGUGGUAUAAAGAGUAGAAGAUUUGGACCUUUGUGCAAACCGUUGACAUGGACCCAUGGCGACACUUUCCUAAUGUGCCUGUCCUCUUCACAAAUUCUGUCAGCUUACAUUUUAAAGCAAGAUAGCUUGCCUUCCUCAUAUAGGUCUUUCCUCAACCAUCAUGGUGGAAAGCAUGCCUCUAUUCUGCAUGGGAUCAAAGAGAUUGCAACUGGUAUGCCUUUGACUAAUUUGGAGGAGAUAGAAAAGCAUUAUCAGUCCAAGGGUGUUGAUAUUAAGUUAGACCCCCUUAUGAAAGUUCCAUGCACGAUGGUGCAUGGGAAUCAAUCCUGCACAGCACAUGUUGUUUCUUUCCUUAUUCAGGCCUAUGGAAGAGCACUGCCAGUCUAUCUACCGGUGUAUCUUAUUCCUGCACUCAUUGUUCAUCGACAGAGCCUCUGGAAAAGGCCAUAUGCUAUUCUCCUUAAGGGUCUCCUGGGCACGGCAAGAUCAAGCUUAUUUCUCUCCGUAUAUUGUUCAUCUGCCUGGAUGUGGACCUGCCUUCUUUUUAGAUUGUUCAAGUCUUGUAACAUUCCAAUGGUUGCAAUGGGCACUUUUCCUCCUGGCCUGGCAUUGAUGAUAGAGAAGAAGACGAGGCGCAUGGAAAUCUCUCUCUACUGCUUUGCUCGGGCAAUAGAGAGCUUCUUCACAUGCUUGGCACAUGCAGGCUAUGUCCCCCCCUCCAAGAGAUUGAGGAGAGCUGAUGUGAUAGUGUUCAGCCUGUCAACUGCCAUUAUCAUGCAUUGCUAUGCACAAGAGAGAGAAGUGUUUCGAUCCAAAUAUUUGAAUGUCCUCGAUUGGGUUUUUGGUGUGCCACCUCCUUGUGACAAAGAGCCUCACAUGAAUGGCAGCAAGCAUAUUUGAUGCUUGAUUAUUUGAAGGUUUAUAUAUUCUUUUUUCAACUAUAGAUUUUUUCUCUCCUUGUUUAUUUUUUCUAACUUCUCUUUUGGGUCGGAGUUUACGAUUCUCUUUUAAGAAUAGAAAUGGUUUAGGGUGUAUCUGUGACGUGAAAAAAAAUUGUGAUGGAAAAGAGUUCAAAGUUUGAGGCCUAUCAAGAA